AUCUGCAAGAUUCAGUCAAGUGUGCAAAGUAUGGCUUUCAGCGACGAUUCUGCUUUGAGAGAUAUGGCUUCUUUAAUGAAGGUCAAGUUUGACAAAUAUUGGGAAGGUACAGAAAAAAUCAAUAAGAUAUUGAUAGUGGCUGGUGUACUUGAUCCUCGUCGCAAAAUGGUAUUUACAAUGCUCAGCUUUGAACUAAUCUAUGGAAAAGGUAAUCCAAAAUGCAUUGAAAUGAAGGAACUGGUGAUGGAUGUUUUGGAGAAACUGUUUAAGAUAUAUAGUGUUCGAUACGCGGCAUACGAUAAUUCAAAUCUACAAUCUUCUGCUACCCGUGACGGCGAGAAUUUAACCCAAGUACACCAAGACUCUGAGAGUAUGGAGGUUGACAACAUUGAUGAUCCUUUUCUAAAAUUCAUGGUUGCUAAGAAGACUUCUUUAGAAGUGGUAAAUGAGUUGGAAAAGUAUUUAAAAGACGAACUGCAUGUAACUACUGAAAAUAGUUUGGGGCUCCCGUUUGAUCUUCUAGAUUGGUGGAAGACAAAUAGCUCAAAAUACCCAAUCAUGUCUUUAAUGGCAAGAGAGAUUCUUGCAGUACCAGUAUCUUCGGUUGCAUCGGAGUCUGCUUUUAGCACGGGUGGUCGUAUUCUAGAUCAAUAUAGAAGUUGUUUGAAUCCUGAAAUGGUUGAAGCGUUGGUUUUGACUCAAGAUUGGUUACGUGCUUCACUUCGUUCGGAAGCAAUGAAGUCUCUUGAUAAUCUAGAGGAAAAAAACAAGUUUCUGGAUUCACUUGAAGAAGAGUUUAAUCCUCCAUCUCAGACUGAGAACGAUAGAACAUCAAGCUUCUCUUUGAAACGAAUUGGACUCGGCUUGACUCUCUCCUCUAUUUCAAUGGCGGUUGCAGCCAUUGUUGAGGCCAAGAGGAAACACGAGGCGGUUCAAAAUGACGUUAGAAUCUCUGUUUUUCUGGCUAAUGUUUCAGUAUCUCAUGCUAAGUUUCUCGGAUAUAUUGACCUUGGGAGGGAUGCAAGAGUUUUUCUAUAGAGAAGCUCCGGCGAGUAUGAAGAGUAUGAGCAUAGCAUUGGGGUGGUUCUCCAUCGCAAUGGUUUUUUUCCUUAGCUCACUUCUUGUGGCGAUCGCCAAUGCGGUCUCGGGCUGGCUUGGCCAUCAAUGGUUAGGUGGGGAAGAUCUGAAUAAAUCCAGACUUGAUCU